GGGUUGCGGAAUUCGUAGUUUGCAGUUGCAGUGCUCAGCGCUCGGCGCUUCCCAGACUUCGUCCAGCUAGUACAAUCAAUUAAGCGGUAUUAAUUACUAGUAGGUACACAGCUAGCUCGCCAGACAAGUCGGCCCCAUCAAGAGGCAAGUCGCUGGUGUGGCAUGGUGGAAUGCAAGUGCAGUUGAUUAGAUUUGCCUGCUGCUGCCACAAAACAAAGGCUGAACGCGAAUGCUAGAACCAGUUUUGAUAUCGGUCUUAAUGACGUUUACCCAAAUGCGCGAAUCUGGCGAUUUUUGCCUGUCUUGCAGAAUUAGUUUCGGGUGUGCACCGGAAGCAAGCGAGAACGAAGCAACAAUCAGCCAUCAGCCAUUCACAAAGCCAUAAAGCACAGUGAAACACUUGAUAACGAGUCCGAAAUCGAAAAGCCCCACGCAAAACCGAAAACCGAAACCCGUAAACCGAAAACCAAGCCACAACCAAAAUCAAUCCCGCAACGUUGUUUAAUUAAAUGCUGAUCAAGUGAAAUAUCAAUCGAAUUCGAAUCGAUUCGAAUCGAGUUGAAGAAUGUGUGUCAUAAGUGCCGGGAGUGAAGUGCAGCCAAAAAUGCCAAUGAAUUAAAUGAAUUUCAGUUGAAUAUAUUCUCUAAACAUCCUCCACGUCCCUCGUAACCGGAGAACCACCCGUCGACAUCCGGAAAAGUGCAAGUUCAUGGCGAAUUAAAUACUUAAAUUUGUGCAGCCAAAAGGCCAUACCACUUAAAGGCAUUUGCAGUGCGGUCUUAAAUUGCUGACCAAGAACUUUCCGAUUAGAGCAAUUAAAAUUGGAUUUCCAUCGACUAACUACAACAGUGAAUACUUAGGAUGUGCGGCGAGCACUUGAAGCGCCUGGCUCCGGCCCGAGGAAUAGUGACAGCCGGGUGGGGCAAUUAGGAGCUUCGUUAGAACCAAUAGCUAAAGUGAAACAAGUGAAAUAGUUGCCGAACAAAGCCAGGGAAAAUGUCUGCCACUCAGUUAAAGGAUACGGCAUUCAAGACUGAAGAAUCGGUGGCCCUUCUCCCGCCGCCACCCACCGCAAAAGGGGUGGCAAUGCAUAGCCCCACCACGGCUUUGUCAUUGUUUGAUCAGCUGAAAAACAGCGUCAACUUAAACAGUUUGACAAUUGGCGCCGGCGGCACCAGUGACACCAACACAACAACAACAACACCAACACCACCACCAGCAACAGCAACAACGCAAGAGGCAACACCACGUACAACAACGGCUGACACACCCACCGUCACCCGGCUGCCGGCCCCCGCUACCCCAUCCGUCGCGGAUAUCGAACUGAAGCCGCCGGCAAAGCCAGCGCGAACCUUUAGUACUCCCAGCAGCAUUGGCAUCGUGCAGGGCACCAAACGGGGGGCGGGCUCCGUGGCCGGUGGACUGGGGGCACAGUCAGCCAAAUUGGAUAUAAACGCAUUGCGAUCUCAGCUCUAUCAGGGCGCCAGGAAGACUGCAACAACAACAACAACAAUAACAACAACAACCACAUCAACCAGGCAAGGAGUCAGCAAGACGUCAACAGAGCGCGGAAGUGGAAGUGGGGGUUCAAAGAAGCGGUGUCUGGAUCGUUACGAUUCCUCGGAGUCAUCAGACAGCGGCGUUGCCACCUCGCUGAGCUGCGCGGACUCCAGCACGGGCUCCAGUGAGGAUGCGUCCGAUCCCGGCUCCCCGUAUAGCGCGCACUCGCAACUGAGCGACCCGCCCGAUCCGCUGACCAAGAUGCCACCCCAAAUCAUCGGUAGCAACUCCAGCGGCAGUAGCUCCGCCGGCGGCGGUACCGCCGCGUCCUCAUCCCCGCCAUCCGGCGCUGCCAGCCAGGCUCCGUCGCCAGCCAUUCACAGCCACAGUCACCUUGGGCCCGGCCACAGCCACAAUGGCGCCGGAAACAGCGCCUCCAAGACGACGACACCCCUGCGCCACACUAAUCCCAGCAACGCCAGCCUACUGCCAACUCUUCAGUGGCCGUGGAAUACCAGCCUGGGCAGCACAUCCACCGCCGUGCCGGCCGCCACAGCCAACAAGAAUAAGCGUGCGGCUGGAGGAGCAGGAGCAGGUGCGGGGAUGAGCUUGGGUUUGGGCAACGCUGGUGGCGACAACGGACCUCACGCGGGGAGCGGAGCGGCGGCGGCCAAGAAAGCGCGCAAUGAACUGCCUGGCGGCUCGGACGCUAGCAAAAGACUGAAGGCAGCCGCUCUGGAGGAGUCGCAAACAAAGAUCACCGGCUUCUUCAAAUCGCAGAUGAAGCCCUCGCCGGGUGGAGGCAAGCUGUCGCCACAGCCCGGCAGCCAACAAAGCAAUCCUGCAAACACACUCACCAUGAGCACGCCCGCCACUACAGCCUCUCUGAACAAGUACUUCAACAUCCUCUCGCAGUUGAAGGAGCAAAAGGCGCAACAGCAGGCGGCAAAGGCGGCGGGCACUCCGACUUCCACAGCCGUUCCAACUGCUACUCCUGUCGCUCCCGCCAUUACGGUCGCUCCUGUUGCUCCGCCGGUGCCGACUGCCACUCCCAGUCCCAGUCUGCCCGUACCGGCGCUAAAGAAGAUCGAGCGCAGCACCAAGCAGCCAGCCAAGAUAGCCCAGGUAGCUCCUAAUCUGCGAAAGACGCCCAGCAGCGGUUCCUCCGGCAGCUCAUCAUCCUCAUCGUCCAGCUCUUCAAAUGGCUCGAGCAAUGGGAAAUCGCCGGCUAAGAAGCACGUUGCCAUUGCCCCAAGGACGCCAGAGAUGAAGCAGCAACAGCAUCAGAGCAAGGCGGCUAUGGUCUACCGACCGCCGGGAACUGGCACCGCCCUGAAGCAGAAACCGAUCUCACCGCCCGCCCCCGUGGUAGCCACCGCCCUCGCCCCCGUUCAAGCGCCAACACCCACGCCCGCCCCCGCCAAUCCUACGCUCUACCAAUUGCCGGUACAGCUGCCCAACCUAGUCCAGCUGCCGCCUCAGCUGGCGGCCGCAGCCAAUAUCAUGCAGCUGAACAACGUGGCAAAGGCGGCGGUGGCAGCUGCGGCCAACAACAAUGCGGCCGCUCAGGCAGCGCAGGCGGCACAGGCGGCCGCUGCCCAGUAUUUCCUCAACGGCACCGUCUUCAAGCUGCAACAGGUCACAACUGCCACUACGACGACGGCCACCACGGCCACAGCCGCCGCCGCUACGGCUGGUAACUUUGGGCUGCUCAGCGCCAACGAACUGCAAGAAUUCCUGAUAAAGCAGCAGCACCAGCAGCAGCAAUUGCAACUGCAGCAACAGCAACAGCAGGCUGCCGUUGCGGCGGCAGCUAAGGCGCCGGGAAAUGCACAAAACUUCCAGGAGCUGUUUCAGCAGCAGAUGGCCGCGCUUGCCGCCCAGCAGCAGCAGCAACAACAACAACAGGUGAUGACCCAGCAGCAGCAGCAGUUGCAGCGCCUAGUUCAGGGAGGAGCAGCCGCCGCUGCUGCCCAGCCAGUUUUUAUGGCCACGCCAGCGGGACUGCUCCUGAAUGCUGCCACCCUGCCGGCAAUGUUGGCUGCUGCCUUUGCAGCCAACAGUCAGCAGCAGCAGCAGCAACAGCAACAACAACAGCAGCAGCAGAAGGUGGCCGCUUCCUUAGCAAUGCAUCAGCAGCAGCAACAAACACUACCCGCUUUGCAGCCAAUUCCAGCCCUGAGCUCCAUCUUUGAGCCAUCGACGGAACAGCAGCAGCAACAGUUGCAAAUGCAGCAGCAACAAUUGGCCCAGCUGCUGAUGUCCCAUCAACAGCAAACGCAACAGCAACAGCAACAAAUCAUCACUGCCACGCAGCCGCCGCCAUUGGCUGCCGCGAACAACAACAAUACGAACACUGCCAACAACUCUACUGCCAGCAACAGUAACAACAACCAAAAUGCCUCGAAUAAUUUAAGCAACAUCAGCACCACUGCCAUACAGCAACAGCCACUGCCACAGGCGCCAGCACAGCGAACGAAUGUGAAGCCGCCUAUGCACAGCUCCACGCAGCCGCCGCCUCUGGUGACCAUAUCGUCUCUGCCCACUGGUUCUUCGACUGUCACAUCCGCGCCAGCUCCCAAGCGGGCGCUGCCAGCCGCCAAGCCUUAUCAAAAGCGACUGGCUACCAAGGGAAGCGGCAAGUUUCAGGCUGGCGUUGGUACAGCGCCUAUCAUUGCCACACCCACCACGCCACCGCCACUUGUGCCGACCUCGGCCACCAAGGAGCUGGGUCAGUUGCGCAAGAGUACGGGAACCGCGGGAACAGCCACAUGCACAGGAGCCAAAGAACCAACGCCCACGCCGCCCCUGGUGAGCAUCGCGCCCUCAAAGCUGACGCCUACGCUGAGCAUUGCAAAGCAAGGGGCCACUAUGAAGCUGGCCAAUAGCUCACCCGAUCUCUUCGACCUGGUCAAAAACUCGAACGGUGCCAUCAGUCUGGUGGCCAAGGCCGCUCAGCCGCUUACACCGCUACCCUUCAGCUCGCCGAGCAGCAGCAGCAAUGGCAGCCACUGCCUUCGUUCCUCGCCGGCGCUGUCGAGCUCCAACUCGUGCACCCUUUCCGCCUUCAGUAAGAUAAAGGCGGAACCAUCGGAGCUUGCAUCUCAGUCCAGCUCGGUCCCGUCUUCGACAAUGUUCCCCAUCUCACCGAAGCCCCAGAGCUUUGCCGGGCAGCUGCCCAAGAGGGAUCAGGAUCAGGAUCUGGAGUCGGAUGCGGAUGCGAACGCCGAGGCAUUGAAGCACGAACUUCUGCCUGACUGCAGCAACAGCAACUCAAACUCGAAUUCGUGCAGCAGCAACUCCAGCUACUCGCACUCGGUCAGCUCGGCGGCCGAUCUCUCGUUGGAGGCAUCUACGCCGGCGCACUCACCAUCCCCAUCAUCCUCGCCGUCGUCUGCAUCACCUUCCGGGUUGGGCUCCCCCUCCCCGGCGGUAAGCAACAUGAGCGGUAGCAGCCGGAGGGCGGCCAGUCAGACUGACAUGCUCAGCGAACUGGUUACCUCGUCGUGCAUCUCGAGCGGCGGCGAUGACUGCUCGCAGGCCACCGACUCGCCUCCACCGCCGUCUCUUCCUCUGCCUGAUUCAAUGGGCAAGAACCCAGCAGUGCCAAGGCCGAGCGGAGGAAGCAGUAGUAGCAGUAGCAACUACGAUGAGGAAGAUGAUAAAUCGGUGGUCUCGCUGGAGACUCAACAGACACACAAGCGGCUUAGGGACCUGCCGACGCCGGAGUCUGGGAUCGGAGGAAGCCUGAGCAAUAGCGAGAGCAGUAACUCGAUAGCAGAUGCGAUCUCAUCGAAAUCAGCCUCUGUGGGUCCACCGACUACUGCAGCCAGUGGCAGCAGAGCCUCAUCCGCCGUCUCUGUCUCCGAUUGCAACUCACUGGCCAGUAAUGCCCCAUCUCCUGCAUCGCCAGAUGACAAUUCAGCGGUUGCUUCGCCCGCCUCAUCUGCCUCUUCCGCGUGUACUUCCGCCACCCCUAAUCCGCCAAGCACUCGAACAGUAGUGGACAUUGCCUUGGCCGAAGCCACCAGUAAAGGCCUGCCAAAGAGCGCCAUCUCCCCCAUACUUUCGCAGCCGAAGACCAUUCGCUUCCCGGCCGGAGCGGGGGCUGGUGGCAAGGGCGGCAAGAGACACGAUGGCGUCUGCUACUGGGACAAGUGCAACAAGAAGCACGAGAGCAACUCCAAGCUGCUGGACCACAUGCAGACGCAUCACGUCAACACGCAGACGGGUCCCUUUGCCUGCCUGUGGGUCGGCUGCAAGGUGUACAACAAGGAGUCCUGCUCUCGCCGCUGGCUGGAGCGUCACGUGCUCUCGCACGGCGGUUCCAAGCAGUUCAAGUGCAUCGUCGAGGGCUGCGGCCUGAGGUUCGGCUCACAGCUGGCGCUACAAAAGCACGUGAACAACCACUUCAAUGCUACGGACAAUGCCAAGGAGAGCACCAGCAAGCGCACCUCUGAUCCCCCUGUACCGAAGCAGCUGCGUAAGAAUGGCAAGAAGCUGCGCUACCGCCGACAACCUUUUUCAGCCCGUAUGUUCGACUUCUUCGACACGGGCAUCAUGGAGGGGCUGCAGCAUCGCCUGCGACAAAUAAGCACACUUACCAACGGCGCCCAGGCCAUUGAGUUUCAGGGACAGUGCUUGAUGAGACGUCGCAACGUUCAGGGAGGCUAUGAGUGCUUCGUGCGUUGGUCCCCCGCGAAAUGUAACAUUUCCGACGAGUGGCUGCCUGAGUGUCCGAACCAAACACGCCGGCACACCAAGGUGCUGCACAUCAAGCAGAUGCGUCCGGCGGAAAAGACGCGCGUGGACAGCCUGCUGAGCACAGCUUUCCGGCUACGAUAUGACGCCCAGCUCUUUGCCGAUGAUUACAAUGUCAAUGAGCACCACGUUAUUGGCGGCGAACUGAGCGGCAGUGAUUAUGAAGAAGAUGGGGAGCAGGAGGAAGAUGACGAUGACGAGGACGACGAUGAGGAAGACGACGGUAUUAGCUCGCGCAGUGCUAGUUGCGAGACGGUGUCCAGCUAUCAGCAGGUGCUUAGCAUCGCCAAGUUGCAGAUGCAGCAACGCCGCAAGCAUCCGCGGAAGCCGCCCAAGACGGCACCGAUGACCAGGAGGGAUCAGCUGGCUCAGUUGGUGCCCACAGACGCCCUGGUGCCCAUCUAAAUGGGCGCAUUAAGAAUUCAAGUAUUUUCUAAGUAAUUAAACCGGAACACAAGCGACAAACGAGUAAACAGUGACAAGUAGACUAGUUAGUGUACGAACUAAGUAAGCUACCACCUAGGCGUACUUUAUCCACUUAUAUAUAUUCAUAGGGACUACAUGUAAAUGCCCCCGCUUUGUUCAUUUAUGUUUUUUUUUAGUUUAGUGAAUUGUUCUUAGCCACCAUUGUACAUACCUAAAAGGAUGGAGUCGGAGUCAGAGUCAGAGGAGCAAAAAGUGGCCACCUCGUAUCUCAACCCACCCGCGUGUUCUUCAUAGAACGAAUGUCCUCAUUUUCUAGCGUUAUAUUUCUAGUUUACUUUUAAAUUGUAAUUGUAAAUUGAGUAGAGAUCCUCCGAGUGGACAAGACUUCAUUAUUUUGGAAAGCCCGUUUUAUGUUUAAAGUUUUUAUUUUGUUUUCUGUUUAGUUGCCCCCAUUAUUGUAUUUUAUUGUACACUUAGAAACUGGCCAAAACUUGUACUACUAAAAUAGCAGAAGAGGAAGAACAACGCACACAACUGAGCAGUUAAUGUUAGGAAAUAGUUGUAGUUGAAAGUUGAAGAACACAAGACUUGAAGCAUUUACCGCUACAAAAAAAAAAAAAAAAACAACAACAAAAUACAAAAUACAAAAUAAAAUUUGUAAGCAAAUUUUGUACUCAACUCGAACGAACGAACAGCAAUGCAAACAGUUUUAAGCCCAAGUUAGACCCAAGACGAUUGAUUAUCCAUUAAUUUAGUGCAAAUUAAAUGCAACUUUCGCCAAUAAAUCAGCGUUUCUAGUUCGUUUUGCAACAAUUACAUACUUAAGUAGAAGGCGAGAGGAGAGAGCUUAAUGCAAUGUACAUAGUAUAUAAUAUAAAGUAAUAAGUUUCGCUCCUUAAACUUACAUUUAAACGAAAUUCAUUUAGAACUUGGCCAAGGCUAAGCCAAAGAGUUGUAAUAACAAGAUGAGUGACGCCGAACGAGAAAGAGAAUUGCUUGCAUAUGGAAAUUGGGCGUUGUUUAUCUCGUCAUUGUAAGAUCUUUGGCUAAACUCAAGUAAACUAUGCUUAAUAAAGUUAUUGAGAGGAGAAAUCAGCAAUCAACACGUCAAAAAUAAAACAAAACACAAAAUGUUA